CCGGUGCCCGGGCCGGCGGGCGGCCGCUCACCAUGCCCGGCAAGCACCAGCACUUCCAGGAACCCGAGGUCGGCUGCUGCGGGAAAUACUUCCUGUUUGGCUUCAACAUUGUCUUCUGGGUGAGCGCGGGGUUCUUCCUCUCGGGGCUGUGGGCGUGGGGCCGGCCGAGGGGCGUUCUCUCCAACAUCUCGGCACUGACAGACCUGGGCGGCCUGGACCCCGUGUGGCUCUUCGUGGUAGUCGGGGGCGUCAUGUCGGUGCUGGGCUUUGCUGGCUGCAUCGGGGCCCUGCGGGAGAACACCUUUCUGCUCAAGUUCUUCUCCGUGUUCCUCGGCCUCAUCUUCUUCCUGGAGCUGGCGACUGGGAUCCUGGCCUUCGUGUUCAAGGACUGGAUUCGAGACCAGCUCAACCGCUUCAUCAACAACAACGUCAAGGCCUACCGAGACGACAUUGACCUCCAGAACCUCAUCGACUUUGCUCAGGAAUACUGGUCUUGCUGUGGCGCCCGGGGCCCCAACGACUGGAACCUCAAUAUCUACUUCAACUGCACUGACUUGAACCCCAGCCGAGAGCGCUGCGGGGUGCCCUUCUCCUGCUGCGUCAGGGACCCUGCGGAAGAUGUCCUCAACACCCAGUGCGGCUACGACGUCCGGCUCAAGCUGGAGCUGGAGCAGCAGGGCUUCAUCCACACCAAGGGCUGCGUGGGCCAGUUUGAGAAGUGGCUGCAGGACAACCUGAUCGUGGUGGCCAGCGUCUUCGUGGGCAUCGCCUUCCUGCAGAUCUUCGGCAUCUGCCUGGCCCAGAAUCUCGUGAGCGACAUCAAGGCCGUGAAGGCCAACUGGUGAGGCCGCGGCCACAUGCCCGUCCUCCCAGACCUCUGGCGGGCCCCCGGAUCCUCCUCCCAGGCUCCGGAUGGACAAGGCUGCGGGAGGCAUUUCUGCUUGGACCUGAGCCUGCGUGGGCUGGGCCUGUGCUCGGGGCUCAGGCUGGGCUGCUUGUCCUGGAGCUGCUGUGUGUGCGCGUGCGUGUGGAAGGGGUGUGCAUGGAGGGGGCUGUGCAUCGAGGGGUGAACAUGGAGGGGACUGUGUGUACAUGGAAGGGUGUGUAACUGUUGAGGGCUGUGUGUGGAGGGGUGUGGUGGAGGGGCUGUGCUGGAAGGGGCAUCUGGGGGGUGCAUGGGGUACGCAUGGAGGAGUGUGUGCGCCCACACACACGCACGUGCACCCAGGGGAGCCCCGUCUCGGCUGUGAGGGGCUGUGAUGGGUGGUGGGCUCUCCAGGAGCCUAGAAGGGCGCAGCUGAGAGGGGCAGGCAGACGGGGCCCUGUGGGGGCUGCCCGCGUGCUCUGCCGCACGCCAGGUCCACCUUCUGUGCCUGGCUGUGUGGGGCGGGCGGACUUCGGGGCCUGCUGUCACCGGGACCACCUCAUAGCGCCCUUUGCACUAGCUACGACCUUGACCUACCACAAGCCCUUCUCAGCCUCAGCGCCCUAGACUCUGAAAUGGGCCCCUGAGUUUUCUCUCCUGCUUGCCUCUCAGAGCAGAGACGAUGGCUGGACACUGCUGAAAUAAACACAACUUUGAAAACCAC